UUUUACAAAUCGUGGAUCAAUCCUUGUCUUCUCACCUCGCCUCACCUCAAAAUGUCAUUAAAUCCGUUGAUUGCCUGUGCGCUGUCUAAACCAAGGGAGAUAACCGCCGCGGGACUACAAGCAGUACACCCCGUUCGUUUCACACAUGGGUGGCGGUAUGAGCCGAAUGUACCCGAGUGGGUAGUUGCAGUGCCGGAGUGACGUCCCUUGUGUUUACAAAGUCUCGGCGUACGGAAGUUGGGUAUUGGUUUGUCAUAGUACUUACGAUACGUCAAGCUGUUACAACAAAGCAGGAACAAUGUCCAACUCUGUACAUUUAAUAUGACAGAACAUAACAUAUAUCAUAUUCAAAAUAUAUAAAAUAUAUAUACGUGUUGAUCCGACACUGCGAGAAAUCAGUCACCCAUGCUCGCUGGUGGAAAACCAGUCAAGCGAUUCAACUUGAAAUUCAACCAGUGUUGUCUCCAGCAAGGCAGAUGCACAAUGCUCCAUCGCACUGGUCACCGUGUCUACGCACACGUUCAUAGAACGUGAAAUCCGUUGUGAGCCCAUUACAAAUCUUAUAAAAAAAGGACUGCGGUUUGACCACACCCUAUAGCGACAGGCGUGUCGUUGACCCAGUGCAUCGUCGCGUUCAGGUCGGUUGAAGAAUAGAGAUACGUCGCAGUGUUUAGCGGUCCACGCUGUGUAGGUGAUGUAUGUGUGUUCACCACACAGGGGCUUCUCCGUCGCCUACUGAUCGGUCGUGUCGCCUGCCGUAGGUUCAUCUGGGUGGGGUGUGAGAAGUGUUGUAAACCUGUUUAUUUACUUGGAUAUUGUGUUCAUUGUGUCGGAAGGAUUUUGAAGCAAGUUUCUGCGUCGCGAGGAUGCAGAUUGCUUUGAGGUUAUCAAAGACGUACUGCUGUCGACAAGUAUGCAGUUUAAGAAGCAGGAGGAUGCGUCUCGGUGUACUUGCAGCCAUCUUCCUGGUGGUCGCCUGGUUCUUCAUCCUAACCACUGGAUCAUCCCGACCAUUCCUGCUAGCCUAUGGACUCAGUCCUUGGAAUGUAGCUGCUGUCUCAAACAUGAGUGCCAGGCAGGAGAGCCUUGUGUUCGCUGCUGGUGCCAGAGCUGGACAACCAUUGAAGACGAAGCAUAAGGCCGCAGAGAAUCCACAAGCACCUCGUGUCGUGAAGGGAACUGAUUACAAAGAAAAAACGACAGAGAAGGUACCUGAGUCCAACAGGAAUGACACUAAACGCGCCUAUGGACCCCACAGACGGUACCUCAUCUACCUCUGCGACAAGAAGGGUCGCUGUGGAGGUUGGGGCGACAGACAGAGGGGCAUAGUAGCUGCCUACCUGCUUGCUAAGGUAACAGGCCGACAGUUUGGUAUCAAUAUGUCCUAUCCUUGCGAUAUCAAGAUGUUCUAUAUUCCAAAUAUGGUCAACUGGAAUGUGAAGGUGAAGGACAUUCAAGAUCUGAGUCGGGAGAAUGUGGAUUGGAUGAAUAACCGCAAUGGUGUUGUUGACGUUGAAAGUGACUUCAACCUAAAGUUUCCAAGCGAUGUUGUCUUCUUGAGAACAAACCAAGACAUCAUCAACAGAAUUAAGAACAGUCCCAGAUAUGGUCGCCUUGUUCCGAAAGAGUUUAAAACCAAAAACCGUGCUCAGAUAUUUCAAGCUAUAUGGCACCUUCUGGUGAUACCGUCUAUUCAAUUUGGGAAACGUAUCAACAGGUUCAUGAACAGAGUUCCUAAAGAAGGAGAUUUAGUCUGCGCUCACAUUCGAAUGAGGAAAAAUCCCAGCAUACCCAAUGACGCUUCUCAAAUAAACGCAUUAUCUUCAGUUGACUCCUUAUGGAGGUUUCUGUCUAAAUAUAAAAACGCUAGUCGUGUUUUUAUAGCAAGUGACUCAGUGGAUGUUCGCAAUAGAGCCAGGAACUGGUUCGGUGUCCGGGAAAUUGACACGGAUGGUGCAGUGCUUCAUAUUGACCUUCAAGGACAUACAUCUGGUGCUUGCUUGGGCCUUGAGAUGGCACUACUCGAUCAAACUGUCCUUAGUCUCUGCAAGGUGCUUGUUGUAUCAACCAGCAACUUUAGUAUCAGGGGUGCCAUGAUGUCACAACUAGAACAAAAACUUUUUAUCUUCAGAAAUGGAACAAUCACGCCAUUUAGAUUAUAGUGAGUGAGUGAGUGAGUGAAUGAAUGAGUAUUGUUUUUAUGCCAUUUUCUUAACUAUUCCUGCAACACCACCCCGGGGGACUUCGGAAAUGGGCUUCACACAUUGUACCUAUGUGGGGAAUCGAACCCGGGCCUUCAGUGUGACGAGCGGAUGUUUUAUCCACUAGGCUAACCCACCGCCCCUUUUAGAUUAUAAUAGUUGACAUGGUUAUAUUGUUUUUCUCUGUGUGUGCCUGAGCACUUUAUCUGGUUGUGGAACAUGCUUCAGGGGAAAUGACAACUGUACCACGGUCACCCCGCCAGACAGAGCUUAGAACAGCCUAACCAAUGUUCAAACAAUGGAACUAUUUCGUCAUUUAACUCAUUGUGAUUAACAUGGGCAUGUAAAGGGAUAAACACGAUGCGCCCUUUAACCCAAUCAACGCAAAUGAUCCUAUUUUCCAAGAAAAGCCCCAAACGCAUUUCUCGGACAAAACGAUUUUGUCAGCUGUGUUCUCAAAGAUCUCAAUGAAAUAAAAACGUCUGACAGGACAUUAUUCAAA